GUCAAUCUGUCAGUACUGUCAAAACUAAAAUAUAUGUGAGUGAAUUUUGCAUCCUGAAAAUGUCUUGGAAUGCGAAACAAAAAUUGCUCUUUCUGGAGGGCAAGGAUAGCGACUAUUUUCAAUCCUAUUCCCGCCUGGAGACCCACAUGAACAUGCUGAGGGACUCGGUGCGCAUGGAGGCUUUUCGCGAUGCCAUCGUCCAGAAUCGAGGGCUAUUCCAGGACAAGGUCGUGCUGGAUGUGGGCUGUGGCACGGGUAUACUAUCCCUCUUUGCCGCCGAGGCGGGAGCCAGUAAAGUUAUAGCCGUGGAAUGCACCGAUAUAGCGGAUUUAGCCGAGGAGAUAAUAAGGGACAAUCAGAAGGAGGAUGUGGUGAAGGUGGUCAAGGGAUUGGUGGAGCAGGUGGAGCUGCCCGACGGCAUUGAGAAGGUGGACAUCAUAGUCUCCGAAUGGAUGGGAAAUGCUUUGUAUAUGGAGGCCAUGAUAAACUCCGUGCUGUUUGCCCGGGAUAAGUGGCUCACGCGUGGUGGGCGAAUCCUGCCCAGCACUGGGAACCUCUGGUUAAUGGGGGCCUAUGAUCCGCAUCGGCGGACUAAUCUGAACUUUUGGUGCAACGUGGAGGGCAUCGACAUGGGCUGUGUUAAAAAGCCAUUCUCCCAGGAGCCCUUGGUGGAGUGUGUGCCCAUCCAGCAGCUGCUCACCGACGAGUGCUUCAUACACUCCACCAACCUGGCUGUGGCCCGCAACCAGCCGGUGCAGUUUCAAUCCAACUUUCAAUUGAAAGUAAUGCGAACUGGAAUUAUCAAUAUGCUGGUCCUGUACUUCGAUGUCUUGUUUCCGUCGGGAAAGUCGAACAAAUCCGUAACCCUGUCCACCUCGCCGCAUUCGCCAUGGACCCACUGGGAGCAGACGGUGCUCCAUCUGGACGAGCCACUGUAUGUGAGGAUCAGGGAUCGGGUGCGCGGGGAGCUGGCCAUGACGCCCACUGGACAAGAUGGACGCGGCAUGAACUUUGACCUGCACCUCAGCUUCCGUGGCGAAAGAACGCGAGUGGAGAGCUUCAAGAGCUUCUGCUCAUCAAGUUGAACCCGGGAGUCCAUUUGAAAUUUAAAAACAUAAGAAUGUUGAACCGAAUUGAUAACUGCCAUAAAAUGGGUCGUUAAUCUAGGGCCUCCAAUUGCCCAAGGG